ACUGAGGACAUGGAUAUUUCUCAUGGGGAAGAUACAUAUAUUGUUAGUGCUCAGAGUCCUGCUCAACAGCAUCUUAUUAGCAAGCAUUGUAGUGAUCAGCCACUGUUUGUGGAAGGACCAUAUCCAGUGUACAUGCGUGAUACCAGACAACACUAUUUUCUCUUAAGAAGUGAACCUGAUGUAAAAUCUCUUAAAGCAAAACAACACUUUGAAGAACAAAAUGACAACAAAAUAUUUGAAUGGCAAAGCUACUUUGAAGAAGAACACACCGAGGAAAUGAAGUUGCCUCUUACAGUCCAUCAACAAGAAGAUAGUACCAUUUUAGGUCUUUGUAUCACAGGAACAUCUUUGAAGUCAAGUGUGGUUAGUUGGAUAAGAUGCCUUGAAAAACAUAAUCCUAAUCUUUCACAGACUCCUGUAUUAUUUAAAUUGAUUUCACUAGAAUCAGCAGUUGAUGCUGUAGGAGAUAACAGACCAUUUAGAGAGUUUCAGAAAUGA